CCUGCAUCAAUCAAAGUAAAAAUCUCACCCUCACGAGACACUGGUUUUAGCCUCAUAUCUCUCUCUCUCUCUCUCUCCACCAAGUUGUUUAAUAAAUAAUAACACUGCAAUGCAAUCUCUCUCUGGAUUUGUAUUUUUCUCUCUCUGAACCAGAAUGGCGAAAGAGCUUCUUCUGCAACUUCGUCUAUUGCUUCUUCUUCCGGAACAACGGUGUCGUUUUCUGCCUCGCAUGCCAAUGUUCAACUUCGCAUUCUGACUCUUCUUACUUCUACAUUUUCGAUCCCUUCGAUCCGUUUAGCUUCACCUUGCUUCUCGCAACCACCGACUAACUCGGCUCAGGGGUGGGAAUUCUCUUAAUUGAUGACAUGGAGCAGUAUGAAAUACUUGAGCAAAUUGGAAAAGGCGCUUUUGGUUCUGCGCUUCUUGUGAGACAUAAGCAUGAAAAGAAAAAAUAUGUGUUGAAGAAGAUUCGCCUUGCACGUCAAACCGAGCGCUCUCGCAGAUCUGCACAUCUGGAGAUGGAGCUCAUCUCUAAAUUAAGAAACCAAUUCAUUGUGGAGUACAAAGAUUCGUGGGUAGAAAAGGGUUGCUAUGUCUGCAUCAUUAUAGGUUAUUGCGAGGGAGGAGAUAUGGCGGAAGCUAUAAAGAAAGCUAAUGGUGUCCUGUUUCCUGAGGAGAAACUUUGUAAGUGGCUCGUUCAACUUCUUAUGGCUCUUGAGUACUUGCACAUGAACCACAUUCUUCACCGUGAUGUCAAGUGUUCAAAUAUCUUCUUGACAAAAGAUCGUGACAUACGGCUCGGUGAUUUUGGACUUGCCAAAAUGUUGACGUCUGAUGAUCUCGCUUCCUCUGUUGUGGGAACUCCUAGCUACAUGUGCCCUGAGCUCCUUGCUGAUAUACCUUAUGGUUCUAAAUCAGAUAUUUGGUCCUUGGGAUGCUGUAUAUAUGAAAUGACAGCGCAUAAGCCUGCAUUCAAAGCAUUUGAUAUACAGGCAUUGAUUAACAAGAUUAAUAAAUCAAUAGUGGCUCCACUGCCUACAAAAUAUUCUAGUUCGUUUCGAGGUCUUGUUAAAAGUAUGCUGCGCAAGAAUCCAGAGCUUAGGCCAAGUGCUACAGAGCUGCUUGGACAUCCACAUCUUCAAUCUUACGUUCUUAAGGUCCAUCUCAAAAUCAAUAGCCCCAGGCGAAACACAUUGCCAGUUCAUUGGCCAGAAUCCAAUUACUUGAAGAAAACUAGAUUUUUGGUGCCAGAAGAUGACCCUGUUUCUCUGUAUAGGGAUAAGCGACAUUCUUUCAGUAAUGAUCGGACUCUGAACCCUAGUGUAUCUGGAGCUGAUCAAGAUUCUUUGUGCUCUACUCUUGAAAUAGAUUGUACUCCUGACCAUUUGAAUCAAAGAUUAGCAGAACUACGUGUUGGAGAUAGCCAUGAAUUGAAAUCAAUCCGGAAGCCUGCUGUUUCCAGAACUUCUAGCAUUGCUAAGACUCCAAGAUUCACUUCCUCAAAAGUCUCUGGCACCAACAAGAAAACAAUGAAAUCCUCAAAGAAUCAUAAAGAGAUGCCUCCUUCACACAGUACAACAAAAUCUGCUAAUACUAACCGUAGAGCAUCAUUUCCAUUGCCAAAAAGAGGUGGUAUUCGACAGCCUCCUUCCGGGCCCAAUGCCACUAUGAUUAGUCACGUGUCUUCACCUGAUAUCUCAGUCAAUUCUCCACGAAUUGAUAAGAUGGCUGAAUUCCCAUUAACUUCAUAUGUGGAUUCUUUGUUUCCCAUCAAUAGAACAUCAUCCUUUGUUCAAUGUUCCUCUGGCCUCCCAUCCAGCGGCAACCAUUCCACUGUGAUAGACAAAUGCACGGUAGAGGUACAUGAUAUGGCCUCAAACAGUCCCGACUGUACUGAGUCUUGGCAGGGAAUCAAGCAGAGCGUUUUAAAGGAAAUUGAUGAGGAUAAAAGUGGUUCCUCUGAUCAAAAUGCAACGGCAGGUGCUUCAAGCCACACAUCUUCUGACUUGCGCCGUAGACAAUUUGACCCGUCAUCAUUCCAACAAAGGACUGAAGCUUUAGAAGGGUUGCUUGAAUUUAGUGCAAGAUUGCUACAGCAGGCGAGAUAUGAUGAACUUGGGGUUCUAUUGAAACCAUUUGGGCCUGGAAAGGUUUCCCCAAGGGAAACAGCUAUCUGGUUGAGUAAGAGCUUCAAAGAGAAUACUUUCAACCCAGAAGAAUCCAUGUAAACUGCUAUAAUGUUUACCGUAGUCAUUUUUAGAGUUCAGUGUUUCUUCUCACAUGAGAGAAUUUAGCCAGCUGAUUUUCUUAACGUAUCUCAUUUUUUUUUUCAUUUACCCUUUUCUUUUUCAUUCCACUGAAUAAUGAUAACUCAAAUUUUCGAUCUGAUCCAUGAAGCAGAUGAUAGAUAUUUCUUUGGCAGGAAAGUUGGCGAAGGUUGGUGUCUCAAAACCCUUUCCAUUCUUGUAAUUGUUCGUUAAUUUUUCUUUCCUGGAAUAACUAUGCAUCAGUUAAAUGGGGAGCAGAAGGUAUUGGCACUUGAGUAGAGACCCUAGUUAUGUAAUCAAGGAAGUGGUAUACUUUGAAAUUUAUCUUUAGUCCUAAUGGCACCGAAAUUUCGUUUUCAUUGUGGGGUGGGGGCUAAUUGGUUAACAAUACCAAAAACAUUUUGCUGGUGUUACUAUUUAAUUAGUUUCCUAGUGGUACUGGGUGUUCUGUAUUUGUACUGCCUAAUAAGUGUAAAUGCAAAGAAGCAUUUAGUAGGAAAUCGACGAAUCAUACUCCCAUUUAUGAAAACAGACUGAUAUUAGGGCAACUUUUUCUUUUCGCUUUCAGCAUCUGAGAUUGAGACCGGCAUACCUUGAAUUCAUACAUGCAAUUGCCAUAUUAUGGACUAGAGAUGUUACAUUGCCUCUAUCUAGUUCAGGUACUAGAAGACGGCCAGCACUUUCUUUUAUAUGAUGUUUUAUUAUUUUAGUAUACAAGCAUUCAACACCCAAAUUUUACAUUGAUUGCGGCUUUUUCCUUUCUUGUUUUGGUUGUCGUCCGGACAGACCUUAGUUGAAAUGACUGUUUAAAGACGAUAUUUGCUGCUUCUGCCAUUUUGUCUGAAUUUUAUAGUUUCGGCUUCUAAUAUUUGGGUAUU